CCAGGGCUCUUGAGGGGUCAGGGUCCUAUGUGGAAACCCCUUAGGUGGGAUGAAUGGGAUGAGCCUGGGAGGUUCAGCCAACUGGCCCGCUAGAGAGGAAGGAGUUAAAUGCUGCUCUCACCUGAGCUGGGCAUCAAAUUACCUGAGUCCAGGUUCCACUGGUAAGGAGGUGGAGCUGAGCCUGCCCCUGGGCCUCUGGCUGCCUCAGGCCUAAGGUAAGGACUUACCUGCCUGGGUAAGUCCUACUGAGGAGGUCUGGGGGGAUACCCCUGACCAGAAAAAGGGCUCUCACUGGGGAUCCUCACUGACUCUGUCCUCAGGCUCCCAGCUAUGGCCCUGCCCCCAUCCCUGGGCCCUAGACUCCCCUCAGAGCCCCUCAGCCACCCCCCUGGAGCCCCUAGGGAACUGGACGUUGCUGGAUGCACCAUCUGCUCUGCAUCUGGAGAGGAGAGAAUCAGAUGGCCAACACCCUCUUCCAGUGAGGACCCAGCUGGAGGCAGACACCGGGAGCAUCUCAUCUCUGGCCAGGAGGUAUUGGAGGCUGAGCAGGACAGUCUAUCGCUAUGCCUGUUGGGGCUGGGCCUCCGGCUGCAGGACCUAGAGCAAGGCCUGGGGCCCUGGGCAUCAGCCCAGAGCAGGAUGGUCCAGCUGCAGACCCUACAGGCAGACCUACGUGGGGCAGCUGAGCGUGUGGAUGCACUGCUGGCAUUUGGUGAGGGGCUGGCACAGCGGAGUGAGCCUCAGGCCCGGGCGUCCCUGGAGCAGAUCCUGAGGGCCCUCAGAGCCCACCGAGGCAGCAUCUUUCGGCGACUGUGGUGGCUGCAGGCCCAGCUGGUCACCUAUAGCCUGGUAUUUGAGGAAGCCAACCCACUGGACCAGGACUUGGAAGUCGAGGGCGACGUGGAUGGACCAGGACCUAGUGGGGUCUGGGGACCCUGGGCACCAAGUAGCCUCCCCAUUCCCGCAGAGCUGGAGUGGGACCCAGCAGGGGAUGUUGGAGGCCUCAGGCCCUUGGGGCGAAAGACAGCCUGGAUGCCAGGAGCUCCUUGUGAGCUGUGUGGCCAUAGAGGCCCCCAGGGCAGGGGACAAGACCUUGAGGACAUGCUCAUGUCGGGCUUUAGCCACCGGAAACACUUAGCAGGUCACCGAAGACGUUCCCUGCUCCGGAAGUCUCAGGUCUGUUAUAGUAAGGAAGAAUCCAGACUAAGUGCUACUUCCAUCCAUUCUGCUGCUGGCUGCUGUCUCCUCUUAGGACAAGAAGCAAACGCCUCCCAGUCUCCAGGAUGUGAUGUUGGAGGUAGACCCUGGAGCCCGUCCUCCUGCCUCCAGGCAGUCCCUGACCUUCCUCCUUCUCUUCCUCCUCUUUCUCCUGGUGGGUGCCACAUUGCUCCUGCCACUGACAGGAGGGUCCUGCUGCUCUCCUGCCCGACUGGCCAGGACACCUUACCUGGUGCUCAGCUACGUCAAUGGCCCCCCACCAAUCUGAGUACACAGCCCGGACAUAUGUAAUAAAUGGUCACCGUCAAAGGAUGUGUCUUAGUCCGUUGGGCCUGCUAUAACAAAAUAACAGACUGGGUAGCUUAUAAACAA